AUGGCACAACCAAGCCUCUCUCACUUCUCAUCCUUCCUUUUGAUUCUUCUUGUCUUUGCAUUGCCACUUGGGCAACAAACAGCUGCAGGACAUGGACUCUCAAUCAAGGAAGCCACCAUAGACGAUCUCCAACUAGCUUUCAAGCACAGCAAGCUCACCUCAAGGCAACUUGUCCAGUUUUACCUUGGGGAAAUCAGCAAGCUCAACCCUUUCCUCAAGGGGGUCAUAGAAGUGAACCCGGACGCGCUUUAUCUUGCGGACAAGGCUGACUACGAGCGCAAGACUAAAGCACCAUCUGUGUCACUCUCUAAGUUACAUGGCAUUCCCAUUCUGGUCAAGGACAACAUUGCAACCAAGGACAAGUUGAACACCACAGCUGGCUCUUAUGCUCUGCUUGGCUCAGUUGUGCCCCGGGACGCCGGCGUGGUGACCAAGUUGAGGAAGGCUGGGGCUAUCAUACUGGGAAAGGCCAGCUUGAGUGAGUGGUCCUAUUGGAGGUCCAAUGAUGCACCUUCUGGUUGGAGUGGCAGAGGUGGCCAAGGGGUGAACCCUUACAAUUUCAACGCGACGCCAAGCGGCUCAAGUAGCGGGUCGGCAAUAUCAGCGGCAGCAAAUCUGGCAACAGUGACACUUGGGAGUGAAACAGACGGGUCAAUCUUAAGUCCAUCCAGUCGGAACUCAGUGGUGGGCAUCAAACCAACAAUUGGCCUUACAAGUCGAGCAGGGGUUGUUCCAAUCUCUCCAAGACAGGACACGGUCGGGCCAAUUGCUAGGACAGUAUCAGAUGCCGCAUAUGUUCUUGAUGUCAUUGCAGGCAUUGACAGCAAUGACCUUGCAACAAUUGAGGCAUCGAGGUACAUUCCCAAGGGCGGCUAUGCACAAUUUCUCAGACCUGAUGGACUUAGAGGUAAGAGAAUAGGGAUAGUGAGAGCCUUGUUCAACUUCGGCGGUGACGCUUCGUUGACUCGAACUUUUGAACAGCAUUUCAAAACUCUGAGGAAAAGAGGUGCUGUUUUGGUAGACAAUUUGGAAAUAGCACAUUUUGAUGAAAUCUACUAUAAUUCAAGUAGUGAAAGCAUUGCAUUGUCUGCUGAGUUCAAAAUUUACUUGAACACAUACCUCAAGAACUUGGUGGCUUCGCCGGUUCGAUCCUUGGCAGAUGUGAUAGCCUUCAACAAUAAAAACUCAAAACUGGAGAAAUUGAAGGAGUAUGGCCAAGGCCGACUCUUAGAAGCUGAAGCAACAAAUGGGAUUGGCAAUGCAGAGACGGCAGCGCUGGUAAACUUGGCAAAGCUAUCCAAAAAUGGUUUCGAGAAGCUCAUGACGAAGAAGAGGCUAGACGCAGUAGUGGCUCCAUCUGCAGCCGUGUCGACGUUGCUCGCCAUAGCAGGUUCCCCAGGUGUGGUUGUCCCAGCAGGAUAUAAUAAAGAUGGGGUACCGUUUGGCAUCUCCUUUGGCGGGCUGAGGGGUUCGGAGCCAAAGCUAAUUGAGAUAGCAUACGGCUUUGAGCAAGCCACUAAGAUUAGAAAGCCUCCUUCACUUAAAAAACUUCAAGAUUUACAGCCCCAUUUUAUUGGGGUAUUGAAGCAAAUGGGUGUACUAUUGUAG